AUGUUACAAGACAUGCCAGAGAUUCCCAUCGAUGACUUUGAUGAGGAACAAUCAACACAAGAAACAUCAACAAACUUUGACAGAAGCAAGACAAAUAAGAAGAAGAAACUUCAUGAUAGAGAUGUCUAUCAACUCGUUGCCAAGUAUCCGAGUGCUAAAGAGAAGUCAUCUGGAGGUGGUUCUAAUAGGAGAUGGGUUGAGGGAGUGACAAUGGUUUUUGCUCAGGAGAAGAUUGAUGGUUCUCAACUCUCUGUUAAACGAAUGUAUAAGGAUGAGAUGGAAUUGGUGGAGAAGAAUAGUUGUUGUGGAAGGGAUGAUGAUGAUGAGGAGGAAGGAGAUUCGGAAAAUGUAGUGGAAACACCAAGUUCUCUUCCAGAAUUUGUAAAGGACACUGAUAGAGAAACACAACUUGUGUUUAGGUCAAAGAGAGGUCCAAUUGGUUGUGAUACUUUCUUUGGAGAUGCUGUUCGUUCAGUUUCGACACUUGCUGAUUUAUUGAGGCCGAAUUGGACCUAUAGAGGUGAAACUGUAACACGAUUGAGACAUACUAGAAUUUUAUAUGGUAGAAUUCCAAAACAUUCAUUUGUGUUAUUCGAAAUUCAAAAUGAAAAGGGCCACUAUUUGCCUCCAAAUUUAAUUCAAGAAGAAGCUGAAAGAAUUGGUUUUGAAUAUUCUCAAAUUUUAUAUCAAGGCAUUCUGGAUUUUAAGAAAUUGAAAGAAGUUGCAAAUAAUUCCAAAUCUCAACUUGGUGGUUUUGCAAUGAUUGAAGGUAUUGUGACAAAAAUGUACAAAAAUGGUAAAAUGUCAUCCUUCAAAUUAGUUGCCAAACAAUACAAGGAAACAAAAACCAAGAAAAUCAUGAAGAUUAAUGAAUUCUCAGAAUUAGAUAAGAAAUUAAAAGUAAUUGCAAAGGGAGUGUGCACUAGGUCAAGAUGGGAAAAGGCAAUUUUCAGAUUUUUGGAAAAUGGAGGUGAGAAAAAGGAUUCAGAUUUGGGAGGUAAAAUUUCUCUUGAAAUUAAGAACGAUAUCAUGAAGGAAGAAACGGAAACAGUUAUUCGAUUGUUGAAAGAGAAUGAUAUUGAGUACACUGAUACCAUUCUCAAUGUUAUUCUGGAACAUGCAGUGGAUGGAGCCAAAGAUUGGGCCAAAGAUUUUGUCAAAAACCUCGACAAUGUCUAAUUCUUCCAAUAAAUUCACAUCCUAAACU